AUGAGUGCUAAUAACCAACCAUCCUUGUACCCGUUGCAAGAUGCUAUUGCCAAAUUUGACUGUAAACCAGUGAAUCCUAACGGAAAACUCUCAGAUGUUUGGUUACAAAAUGAAUAUCAAAAAUUGUCAAUAAUAUCUGAUCAGCUGGGACGCGAGAGCAGAAAGAGAAUAAGAAAUAGAGAGGAGACGGCUGGUGAAGGGGAUGCUUAUGACAGAGAAGGAACUGAGUCCUGUGAUGACAUGAUUAUCUCUGACACGGAUUGUAAUAGCCAAAUAUCGGGGCAGAGUGCUAUAAUAUCGGGUAUAUCAUCUUUCAGAGAAAACGGUUUGGUGCAUCCUCCUAAGCGGAGAUUAAUGAGUGUUCCAUCACCAACAAAUACUGUUACUCCAGCCGUUACUGAAACAAACAAUAGUAACGAAACUUUAUUACAGACCAACCAAAUUAUCCAGGAGCACAUAAUAGUGCAACCACGUACACCAACUGCAAUAAACUCACCCACGAAUACUCCUAUUUCUGAUAUUGAAGAGCAAUCACAACAAUUACCGUUGCCUUCUCCAAGUGCAUCACCUGUACAAUCUACAGGUGAUAAGAUUUCUAAUUUUGACCCAAUAGAACACCAGUUGUCUAAUAUACCUACAACACAAUCGGAGUUAAUGGAAAUGAUGGUGAGCCUUUCCGGAUAUUUGAGUGAAAAGAACCAGAAUCAUUUCAUAUUUAGAUUGUUACAGAACACUAAUAGAUCGUCGUUAAGUUCUUUUAGUGGAUUAAUUGAAAACAGUCUAAAAAGAGACUUGAUAAGUAACUUGCCUCUAGAAAUUACUUACAAUAUCUUGUCACAUUUGGAUUAUAAAGCGUUAUGUUCACUUGCACGUGUAUGUUCCAACUGGUACAAGAUUAUUGACAAUUCGGGCAUCUGGGCACAGCUACUCAAGAAAGACAAGCUCAUUUUAAGUGAUGGAGCAAUAGAACGAGAAAUUGCCGACCCACAAAAAUUGUUGAAAGAAUGGUCACUGAAGUCUGAUAUUAACGAAGCAAAUGUCAUGCAGACAUUAUACAAGAAGCGUUGUACUAUAUUAAAUAGGUGGAUGGAUCCCACCUACGAACCGAAACGAAUUAGUGUUCCUGGACACGGAAGUCACGUUGUGACAUGCUUGCAGCAUGAUGAUGAAAAGAUUAUAACGGGUGUUGAUGAUAAACUAAUCAACAUUUAUAGUACGAAGACAGGGGAGCUAUUAAAGGUGUUAAAAGGCCACGAGGGGGGUGUCUGGGCGUUGAAGUAUACGGGCAAUACGUUGGUGAGUGGAUCCACAGAUAGAACUGUUCGGGUGUGGAACAUCAAGACAGGAAAAUGUACUCAUGUAUUUAGGGGACACACUUCUACUGUGAGGUGCUUGGAUAUUUUACAUCCAGUGAAAAUCGGAAAGAAUGAUAAUGGAGAAGAUAUAAUAUUCCCAGAGGUUCCAUUACUAGUCACCGGGUCUAGAGAUCAUAACUUGCAUGUUUGGAAAUUACCAUUAAUGAAUGAAGGAGAAGAAGCUGAAGAUGAUGUAGUUGGACAACAAACCUACGAUAGCAAUGAAAUUGAGAAUCCGUACCUAAUUACCGUGUUAUUGGGGCAUACGCAAUCUGUGAGAUCGGUUUCUGGAUACGGUAAUAUUAUUGUAUCUGGCUCUUAUGAUACAACCGUUAGAGUUUGGGACCUUCUUGAUAACGGUAAUUGUAAGCAUGUUUUAGCUGGCCAUGGAGAUAGAAUAUAUUCUACGGCAUUGAAUUUCCAUACUAAGAGAUGUUAUUCUGGAUCUAUGGAUUCUUCUAUAAAUGUAUGGGAUAUUGAAAGUGGGAAACUAUUACACACAUUAGAAGGACAUAGCUCUCUUGUGGGGUUGUUAGAAUUGUCAGAAGAAUACUUGGUAUCAGCAGCAGCUGAUUCAACAUUAAGAGUCUGGAAUCCAAAAUCGGGAGACAAUAUAUGUAAGUUAGAAGGACACAGCGGAGCCAUCACCUGCUUUCAGCAUGAUAGUCUUAAAAUUGUCAGUGGAAGUGAAAUAAUGUUGAAAUUGUGGGAUAUUAAUAGCGGAAAAUUUGUCAGAGACCUACUUGAUGAUAUCACAGGUUGUGCAUGGGGUCUUUGCUUCGACAAUAAUAUAUGUACUGCUGCCGUGCAACGUUGUAGAAAUGACACAGAUGAAACUUUCAUCGAAAUAUUGGAUUCUAGCGGCCCAUAA